AUGGACAACUCCGAGCCCACCACCCAAAUCCAUUCGCCCGGCGUGCCGAAGAAUAUCCCUUCGAUUCAUCAACAUUCCGACUCAAUGGUGACCGUCCCCUUAUCCGACGUACAAUCUAGUUCCGAGCAUACACAGCCCGAUUGGCGGACGCUUGACAUUCCUCAGACCCCGAUCGAAGCGACGUCGCCGCCAGGAGAGUCCGUAAAUACGGACGACCCUACGAAUACCACACCCACACGAGACUCGGAACAGCCGAUUCUGCAACCCCGUACAUACCGCGCCUCCGUUGUUUCACGAAGUAGCGAAGAAAUCUUCCGCGGUGAGGUCGAGGGUAUGGACUGGAGGGAAUUGGAGAAAUCUGAGGAGCAAGAACCGCGUGGGGAGGGAUCCGAUGAGUCUACCUCGCUUCUCUUAGCUCGGUUGGAGCAGGAGAACAAUGCCCUGGCAACUGAUCCCAAGUCGAGGUUGCAAGCGCAGCAGUUUCGCGGAGUGAGGAAGUCCCGGUCGCAGUCAUUGCGUCAGGUUAAGCAAUUGAUCAAUGAUGACCCCCGGUCACUGCGAUACUCUCAGCUUCCUCCGCCCCCGUUGACUGAGCUCGAGUUCUGGGCGGCCCUGGUCUCCGAUUACCCACAAACGGCGCAGCGACUGCCGACAUUGACCUCGAAUAAAAUCCGCAGUGGUAUCCCGCCUCCUCUGCGGGGGGUCGUAUGGCCUAGCUUGGCUGGAGCACGAGACACGACAUUGUUAGCGGAGUACCAGCGACUUUGCGGCGAGACGAGUCCCUACGAAGGACUGAUCGGGAAAGAUAUCGGCCGCAGCUUCCCUAAUGUGGAGAUGUUCCGCGAUCCUAACGGGGAGGGACAGCAAAUGCUCGCUCGAGUACUCAAGUGCUUCAGUCUGUACGAUACGAAAAUUGGCUACUGCCAGGGCCUGGGGUUCGUAGUUGGUCCCUUGCUGAUGCACAUGACAGACGCCGAAGCCUUCUGCGUCCUUGUACGGCUCAUGGAUCACUAUGACAUGCGCACAUGCUACCUUCCAGAUCUCUCCGGACUCCAUCUUCGUGUGUACCAGUUCCAAAAUCUUCUCGCCCGUCUUCGUCCGGCCUUAUAUGCGCACCUGGAGUCACUGCACGUCGAGCCUAUCUAUGUAUCGCAAUGGUUCCUAUCGUUCUUUGCGGUCGCGUGUCCGAUGCCAAUGCUUCUCCGGAUUUACGAUGUCAUCUUCCUCGAAGGCGCCUGCGAAACUUUGAUGCGGGUGGCGUUGUCGCUCAUGCAGCGCAAUGAGAAAAAGAUCAUGGCAUGCGCAGAGUUUGAAGACGUUAUGCAGCUGUUGUUAUCGAGGAGCUUAUGGGAUACAUAUGCUUGCCAUGCGGACGAUUUCGUGAACGACUUUGUCUCGUUGACUUCGCUGGUCACCAAGGAGAGUCUCCAGACAUUGGAGGCCAGUUACAACCAGUCCCAAGGAGUGCCGACCGGCGUUUCCUUCCCACAGAUGCAAGCAGCGGCGUCCCGCUUUCUGGGCCGUUUCUGGGCGGGGUCUAGCUCUCACACUUCUGCCAAGCCGUUUACCCUCAACCCCAAUCACGCUAGCUCCUCGGCCAGCAUUCGCCGCACCACUUCCAAACAAAGUAUGACUUCGACGCUCAAUUCGAUUGAAUCCACGUCGGAUGCUAGCACUGCUCCGACGGAGCUGUCCACUGAUGCGCCGAAGCCGCGUGUCAAGUCCGUCAUGUCGCAGCACAAGGAUCGCGAUCUCCACACGCAGAUUGAAGACUUGCUCAUGGCACUCAGUGACCUACAGCGACAGCACGCGGACCUCACUCGGGAACUGCAACAAGAGCGCGAGGAGCGCGAAGCCGACCAGGAGCUGUCUAAAUCGAUGCUGAGUUACAUCAAGGGGCUCGACAAUCCCCCGAUCGAUCUGAUCACCAAGGCGGAAGAGCGAUUCGGAGCGACCGAAGCCCCUGCACGAGAAUCGGUCGGCCAAACCAAGCAGCAGCUUCUGGAAGACCUCAACCGAUGGAAGGAGAUGCACUCUGUGGAAUCUGGCCGGUGCCAUGAUUUAACGCGCCGGAUUGACGAACACGAGAAAGAGAAUACCUCUCUGCGAGAGCAGGUGCGCGAAGCGCGGGGUCGUAUUCAGGAUGGCUACCGGGAACGGCAACGGCUCGAACGCAUGGUGCGUGAAUUGCGCACGGCUCGAAACCCCCGAAGUAGUGCCGAGACACCAACAGAUUACGGCUCGCCCGUCAGCGAACCGGGAGAGGGUAUCCCAGGCGGACUGCGGGAGCUGAGACUGGUCCGCACCAACUCGCAGAAGAGCACUUUCACCCGAAGGACGAGUAGUCUCGGUUUGCAGAACGUCCUGUCCACGGAAAACAACAAACCGGCUGCCGAAGAAGCACUGCUACUUGAAUUGGUCAAUGCGAAGACGGCGGAGGCAGUAGCCAAGCAGGAGUUGGAAGAGAUGAAAGUGAAGAUGGAAGGAAUGAGAAAAUUAAUCGCUGCGUCUCAGCGAUCACCGUCGCAGAACGGCGACCGAAAUUCUAUCGUUCGAUCACCUUCGUCCGCGGGAAGUCUCCAUAAGGCGUCUACGGAGCCUGCUACUGGCGGCGGCGGCUUCUUUGGAUGGGGUCGCCGGGGGGCCUCGACCAGCAACGAACAGUAUGUAGAGAAAUAA